CAACAUUUAUACUCGGUCCACAGCUUGCAACAGUCAGGCUUAAACGGGUUCAGUUCUGCCUUGUCUUGUAGCCGAAAAGUAAAAGUCAACAAACAGCUCGCGUGCGUGUGUAAUUGAUAAAUAAUGAGUGUUAUUACGAAACUAUUCAAAAUAUUGGCCGUUUUUUUGUUGGCUCGAAUGCCAAUGAUGAAUGCCAAACCUUAUGAUCCAAAUGAUACUAAGAUAGCAGAGGGCUGCCUUCCUCCUGAGGGCAUGUUCGAGGCUUUCUAUCCGCGUGAAGUUGAAGGAGUCCCGAAUGGCGCCUCUCGCCCCGCUCACGGUCAUGGCAGUUUCUUUAAGCAUCGCAAUCCUGCGCUGGUGGACACGAAAAAUGCAGCAGCCUAUGGUUAUCGUUUCGAUGGAAAGCGACGAUUCAAUUUCGAUUAGAUUAAUAAGAGAAUACAAGUAAAG